CAAUUCACCUUUUUCGUUCCCACCACGGUCUCUUAUCCUCUUCAUAUCUUCCUCUCAUUCCUUCAACUCUACUGUUUCACUCGCUUCCCUGUAGCUCCUACUAUCCUACGACAUGGCCCUGCAACUGCAGGCACCCACCACAAGAAACCGCCUAGCGCCACCGUCUCCGUUAGCAGCUCCGAAGGGCAAUGCCGGCCUCCGACAACCAUCCGAUAGCUUCGCUCUAAAGUCAACCUUCUUUUCUUCAUCACACCACCUCUUAUUGCUUUCUCCGAAGCAAAAGCCUCUUGCUUCUUCCUCUGCACCCAAGUUCUCCAUGCGCGUCGCCUCCAAAGGAGCCUAUAUUUGUCGCGAUUGCGGGUAUAUAUACAACGACAGAACUCCCUUUGAGAAGUUACCUGACAAGUAUUUCUGCCCUGUUUGUGGUGCUCCGAAACGGAGGUUUAGGGCAUACCAGCCUCCGGUGACCAAAGACGCCAACAAGAAGGAUGUCCGGAAGGAACGAAAAGCGCAGUUGCAGAGAGAAGAAGCAAUCGGGAAGGCACUGCCUAUAGCUGUCGUUGUCGGAGUUGUGGCACUUGUUGGAUUAUACUUCUACAUCAACGCCGGCUUUCAGGGAUAGAUCAGAGUAUUAGAUUCUGUAACCUCAAAUGUAUUGAACACAAUCAUUUGUAUAAUUUCAUUCGAUGUGUAGAACAAAUCUUUCUGUUGAA